AUGGCUACGAAGGAGAGUGAAGAGAGAGAAGAGGCGCUGCACCGAGGGGUGGAAGCCGACUGUGAAAGGUUAAGAGUUAAAAAUAUAAAUAGUAAAGCAGGGGGGAAGAGGGGGACGGGUGUGGGUCUGUGGCGGCCGGGGAUUGGCCGGAACGUCAGCCAAUCGGCUCGAGGCAGCUGGUGGAGGGGGGGAGGUGACGGCCUCACUCCCGCGGUGGGGCCGGCUCGAAGCGGAGCUCGAGUGUCCCAGAUGAGGUACGAGAGCCAGGAACCGCAAGCCACGCAGGCCAUGUCCUACCAAGCGUACCUUCUUCACCGGCCGACAGACUUCAGUGUGAGUAGCCUACUCACUCCGCAGCCAGGGCCAAGCUAUCCACUUCCGAUCCCCUGUUAUCCACUGCCCAAGCACCCCUACACGACAGCAGAGGACGUCCUCCAACACCCGGCCAUGCUGAGGCCUCUUCAGCCAGAGGACGACGGCAUCGUCGACGACCCCAAGGUCACACUGGAGGGUAAGGAGCUCUGGGAGAAGUUUCACAAGCUGGGUACUGAGAUGGUCAUCACAAAGUCCGGGAGGUAA